AAUUGAGUCUGUCUGUCUGUGCGAUUUGUAUUCUUAUCGAAACAUCUUUCUCCGUCGGGUCGGGAUCAUGGAUAGCUCAAAACCUUUUGAUUCCAUUCCAGAUGAUCUCCUCAUCAAGAUACUAUCGAAAUUGCCAGCAAAAUCUAUAGCUAGGUGUCGUUAAACUUGUCUCUAACCAGGUCCAAAGCUCGUCGACGACGACUCUUAAUUGGGGUAAAACAACCACAAGACGGUGAGUGGAGCUUUUACUCAACUCUUCAGCCUCAGAAUCCAUGUAAGAAGUCUUCUCUUGUAGUAUCAUCCGCCGCUGAUUUUCAUAUCAAGUUCUCUAAAGGAACAAGCAAAUACGGUUGUACCUAUGCCUCUGGAUUGAUCUAUUUCCAUAACAUGUGUAUCCCAAGGGAAGAUGAAGAUGUAAAGCAUGUGAUAUGUAACCCUCUCACAGGACAGUAUGUGAUCUUACCUGAGCUUAGAGGUGGUGUUUCGCAUAGCUAUUCGUAUAGCUAUUUAGGGUUUGAUCCGGUUGACAAGGAAUUCAAGGUACUGUUUAUGAACACUUGCGAAUAUAUAGCUUCUAAAGAUACAGAUCAUUAUAUUUUGACACUGGGAACUGGGGAGUUGAGGUGGAGGAAGAUCCAAUGUCCUUUUACACAUGAGCCUCUAUGGGAAAGGGUUUGCAUCAAUGGGGUUUUGUAUUACUUAGCUCAUGCUACUAAUGGAUGGUCUUAUGUCAUAGUUUGCUUUGAUGUUAGAUCUGAGAAAUUCAAGCUCCUUGACCCAAAUUGCAGUUCAACUUACGGUUAUGAACGCCGUUUCAAUGGGAUGAUAAACUACAAGGAGAAAUUAUGUGGGAUUUAUUUGGAUUAUGCUUAUGAUGGUGGGUUUCCCGUUAAGUUGACUAUGAGGGUUCUAGAGAAGCGGGAAUGGUCCAGCUAUGUCUACUCUUUGUCCGCUGAUCAGAGUGAAGUUGUUAAGGUCAAAAAAAAUCUAUCUGUUAUUGGGGUGACUGGUUCUGGUGAUAUUGUUUUGUCCACGAAUUCUGCGUCUAAUCCUUUUUAUGUUUUCUACUUCAAUCCGGGAAGGAACACUCUCCAAGUUGUUGAAAUGCAAGGUGUUGGAGAUGAUUGUGAUUUGAGAUACGCCUAUGUAGAAGACUAUGUAGAGGAUGUUAGUGUUACUGAUGCAAUGCAACUGAAGUCAACCCUUUUACAACUAGGCCGAAACAUUGUUCCCCAGAGGCCAAAACCACAACAACGCCGAGAUACGUCUCUUGAUCUCUCAAGUCUUCUCAAUCUGUGGAAAACGAGGAGCAACUUAUUAUUGUUCCCAAGAGGCCAGAACCACAACGACGUAGGGAUACGUCUCCUGACCUCUCCAAGUCUCCCCAAUCUGUGAAGAACAAGGAGCAGAACGGGUGCGGAUCAUCAUCAGCUAACCUGCUUUAUCGCUCUGUUGGCUUAUUAGCUAUUUUAUGUUUUGGUACACUUAGCUAUGUUAGUUUUGUCCAAAAAAAAAUAGUGUAGCUCUGUCAUUCGACUGGCUUAGCUAAAAAAAGCCUAAAAUUGUCA